AUGAUACUCAAGGAGCCACUGACUAAAGAAAUAUUAGAGAAAAGGGUAAAGACUACCUACCAAUACAUUCUAGACUUAAGAGAGAAGCUUGACGAGACUGAAUGUUUUGGAAUAUAUGUUUGGAAAGUUGUACCGCGUUUGAAUGGUCGUGGUGUUGGUGAGAUUCCUAUUUUUACUGAGAUGAAUCACACAGCCUCUUCUUGUGCUCUUAAAUGUCAAAUCAUAUUUACAUGUAAACACUUCCGACACAAUGGAGUCACCACUGAGUGUGCUUUAUACGAUGGGGAGGGAUACAGAGCAGUGACAGAUGUAACUGGGAACCAGUUUUAUCAGAAGAUGCCAGACGAUUGUGUGGCCGGACGUGAUGAAUGGUUUCCUGAGUGGAGGUCGUGUAUUUUGAUCAAAACUGAUUGGCUGCCUUAUGAAGAGGCCAAAAAGAAAUGUGAAUUGGAAAUCAGAACUAUGAUGGGGGCAAAAAAUUUUACACAGAUUCAAAAUUUGAUGGACUCUCUUGGCUUCAAAUGGAUUCAUGUCUAUGCUCGUCGAACAGGGACUGACUCCUACGAGUGGUUUGAUCGUACCCCAGUUACAGAAGGAUGGUGUCUCGCUCAGCCGGAUAGUAAUACUGGCUGUGUUGGAGUCGAUCUCAGUAAAUCGUGGUGUAGCAAAGGAGGACUGGACGACUUCCCCUGUACAGACCACAGACAGUUUCUGUGUGCUUAAAAAAGAUACAAAUAGUAUUACUUCUAAUAUCUGAUGUGGAGGGAGGUUGUGUAACAUUGGAGAGUUUUUAUGUUGAUUGUUUCAUCACAUUUUUACCAGCAAGGCUAUCAACUGAGCCUGAAAAGGAUAUUUUAAUGUUUUCUUCUAUUCAAAAUUGUAUUAUAUUUCGACAACAUUUUUAAUGAAGUAGUUUAGUGAGGUGGAAUGCCUAAACACCUGAUGUACAUUUAUUCUUACUUUCUGUCAACUUUGGUUUUUAAUAAGAACAUCAUUGAAUAAUCCUCAAAUAAGCAUU